AUGGAGAGAAGCAUAAUGGAAGACCUCCAAGAUAUGGAGAAGAAAAGCAUUAUGGGGAAACAAUGGAACAAUGACAACGACUACAACAGAUGCUUAUUUGCUUGUCCCAAGAGAACGAAAUUUAAAAUGCCUGGAAAAAUAUGGACCAUCCAUAGAGAGAAAUCGAACGGUAAAAAACCAGGAGCCAAGAAUCUAGGAUUCGAGAAGAGCCCGCUGGCUUAUCUGGUGCUGAAAGCGCGCAAUUAUCUGAUCCCGAGCGCCAUCACAAGAGGAGUAAGCUAUGCAUCGGCAGGAUCUGGGAUUCUCGACUCCACUAACGCGGGAAACAACAUCCCGCUGUCGCAGCAGGUGCGGCUGUUCGAGUCGACCAAGGCCGAGAUGGAGGCCAAGGUGGGCCCCCGUGCGGUGAGCAAGCUGCUCUCCAGCUCCUUCUUCCUCGUCGGCGCCGGCAGCAACGACUUCUUCGCCUUCGCGACGGCGCAGGCCAAGCAGAACAGGACGGCGACGCAGAGCGACGUCACGGCCUUCUACGGCACCCUCCUCUCCAACUACUCCGCCACCAUCACGGAGCUGUACAAGCUGGGCGCGAGGAAGAUUGGCAUCAUCAACGUGGGUCCCGUCGGCUGCGUCCCCCGCGUGCGCGUGCUCAACGCCACCGGCGCGUGCGCCGACGGCAUGAACCAGCUCGCCGCCGGCUUCGACGCCGCGCUCAAGUCCGCCAUGGCCGCCCUCGCCCCGAAGCUGCCGGGGCUCGCCUACUCCGUCGCCGACAGCUUUGGCCUCACGCAGGCGACGUUCGCCGACCCGAUGGGGCUAGGGUUCGUGAGCUCGGACAGCGCCUGCUGCGGGAGCGGGCGGCUGGGAGCGCAGGGCGAGUGCACGUCCACGGCCAUGCUCUGCGCCGCCCGCGACAGCUAUAUUUUCUGGGACUCUGUGCACCCGUCGCAGCGGGCCGCCAUGUUGAGCGCCCAAGCGUACUUUGAUGGCCCGGCCCAGUAUACCUCGCCCAUCAGCUUCAAGCAGCUGGCCAACAUGAUGAGCUAGAUUGUUAUUUAAUCAUUCCGAGACCGUUUUUUUUAUAUAUAAAAGUGAUGUAUGUGCUUAUGUAUUUCUUUCGUGCGUGCAUUAUGUGUGCGUGUUUCAUUUGUUUAUUCUUGUGACAAUGUGAUCCAUAGCAAUAAUUAAUCAAUCGAAGU